AUGUCAGAUGAGCACACUCAUUUGGACCAGAAUUUGGGCGAACUGACAAAAUUGGUGCCUCAUCCAAUUACACUGCAAAACAACUCCAACGAGCAGCUGUUUGCUAGCGAUUCGGUCUGGUGCGCAAACUGUACGAUUGCAGAGCCAACAAUAAUUCAAGGAAUAAACGGAGGGAAGUAUGCGUUGUGGACAAUCGAGUUCGAGACGGUGCGAGGUGCUCGGUUCAAGAUCCGCAAACGAUAUAACGAUUUUGACGAGCUGAGAAACAAGCUCGAAAAGUACACGGGAAAAACGGAACUGCCCAAGUUUCCUCCACGAUCCGGCCUGUUUCAGGACAGAUUCGAUCCUGCGUUUCUGGAGAGUCGUCGCAAAUCUCUGGAAUACUGGCUGAGCAGCGUGGUUUUGAAUCCAGCCAUCUGCUGUCGAAAAGAGGUGAAGGAGUUUGUUCUGGGCAAAAAAUUGAUUAGCGAAAACUGA